UCGAAGUCGUCCGACCGUCACAAUCUUCCUCAUCCGAAGGUUCCGUUCGGUCGGUAAACCACGAAGACGAUUCAGCGCGAAAACAAUUUACAAACUUCAAUUUGCGCUUUAAAUGAGUUUUAGCUGUCGUUACCAUGGAAACGGAUAGUUUCUACCUCAGCAGGGAGGAGACUGUGAAGUGGAUGGACAGCGCUUUCCACAUGGCUAAAGACGCUCUGGGUCACGGUGAGGUUCCUGUGGGAUGUCUGCUAGUCUACGACAAUCAAGUGAUCGGGAGGGGACAGAACGAGGUCAACAAAACCAAAAAUGCCACCCGUCAUGCUGAGAUGGUGGCUCUGGACCAGCUCCUGGACUGGUGUCGUCACAGCAACCUGGAGGUGAGGGCCGUGUGCGAGCAGACGGCGCUCUACGUCACAGUGGAGCCGUGCGUGAUGUGCGCCGCAGCACUGCGCCUGCUCCGAAUCCCACUGGUCGUGUACGGCUGCAGAAACGAGCGCUUUGGAGGCUGCGGUUCCGUUCUCGAUGUUUCCUCCGCAGAUUUACCUCAGACCGGAUCCACCUUCAAGUGUGUUUCAGGUCACCGGGCAGACGAAGCCGUCGACAUACUGAAAACAUUCUACAAGCAGGAGAAUCCAAAUGCUCCCAACCCUAAAACCAGGACAGACUGAAGCUCCACCAGCGCGGCCACAUUAGUUUGUUUUGACUUCAUGAUUGUAAAUA